AUGCUCUCAAAUCUCGUCGGUGCCAUAGUGUUUUGUGCAUUUUUGCAAGUUUCAUCGGGAUGCAUGCCGGGUUAUGAAGACGAAAGAGAUCGAUUACGAGAACAUCUAGGAAUUGAAUGGAUUCCACAUGGAUUAGAUAAAAGCGGUAUUACUGAUCGACCAAUUCGACGAUCUUCUGAUUUAAAUUGUGAUUUCGAUGAUCCGAUAAAGUGCAAAUGGAAGAACUUGAGCCCGCAAAAUCAGAUGGACUCACUCGAGUUUCAUUUGUUUGAAAAGGUUGACUGGACCGAGUUCCCGGCUUUACAAAUCCAACCCGGACCCAGCAAGGUUUCCCAAGGGAAUCGCAUGAUUUUCACUGGAGAUAAGAAACGACAAGAGCAAACGGCGAUCUUUUACAGUUCUCCAAUCGGUUGUCAAAACUCGACCGGGAACUUCACGUUCACUUAUUGGGCUUACAACAAUGCUCGAGUGGAGAUCUUGUUGUAUGAAGAUCAACCAAAUGGACGAUUCAAGGAAUUGUACGAGAAGCCUUAUGUCGAUUGUGGAACAAUAAAUCUGAAUACGGAUUGUCAUGCAGAGAUCCCGCCUCGAGACACCCCGUUCAGGAUAGCCAUUCGAGCGUAUGAUAUGGCUAGCAAGGAAGGCUCUUUUGUCAUGGUUGACAACAUCAUUUACACAGCUGACUUGUGCAAGAUUGGAGUGGAUCUUGGCGAGAAUUUUGUCACUCAACCAUUGCUCACCUCAGCUAUUGGAAAGGAUAUUCAAUUGGCUAGCCAUCUCGACUGCGCCGAUUUCAAUGAGAAGUGCCGGUGGAGGAGUGGAGGACAAGCUAAUAAGAUGUGGAGACGCUCCACCUCGUCACUACCCCGAGAUUUUCUCUUCAACACCACUGGAAGCUAUAUUGGUCCAUCUGGUCCAUAUGCAGUGCUUUACAUUGAUCAAGACACGAAGGCGCCGCUUGACAUCCUCAAAUCCGAUCCAAUUCCAUGUCAAAGUCAAACCGAGAACAAGCUAACUUUCAAAUGGUGGGCUACACGAGACGUUCGACUUGAUGUUUGUGCUGUAGAGAUUGAUGGAAGAGGGGAAGAAGAAUGUCAUCGUUUACCCUCUGAAACCUCACCCGCUCCAGCUGAAGUCGCUUUUCGAAGAGCCGCCAAUAACUUUAUGAUCCAAAUCCGUGUCACUCAUUUCAAUCCCGAUUUCGACAGUGUCGUUAUCAUUGACGAUAUGACGUACAGAGCCACUCUCUGCUCGGAUCCUCUUUCCGUCUUUGAUAUCGGAGAGCAUUUUGUUUCAACACCAAUGCUCUCAAUUCUCCUUCAUCGACAUGUCAAUUCGGCAAAAGAAUUGUCUUGUGACUUCAGCAAGCGAGCCGCUGAUUGCGUCUGGGGCUCCACCGAAUAUAAUAAUGUUGAAGACAGUGAACUCCUUCCGGGAGCUUGGCAAGUUGGGCAUGGACCGCUGAACGAGGAGAAGCUAUAUUCGUUGAGUGGACAAGUGACUGUACCAGAAGGAGAGUUUGCGAUUGCCAAAUUUGAGACCGGUGGAUCGUCAUUAUUGCUAUCUGAGGUGAUCCGAUGCGUUUUGGAUGAUGUAUCGAUCUCGUUCAAUAUGUGGACAACUGGAACGGCUUCUUUACAGGUUUGCCUUGUUGAAGAGUCAUCUCCAUCACUUCUCGAUUGUCAACCAGCUACCUCCGGUCCAGUCGUUGUCGAUUUGCCCGCAAUCAGUAAACCAUUCAGAAUAGCUUUGAGAGCGAAUGCUGAAGAUCAAGGAAUGGUGAUUGUUGAUGAUAUUGAUGUUCAAGGAUCUAUUUGCCCGGCGAUUGCUCGACAAUUCGCUUCGAAACACUUCAGUCCGGCAGUUGAUCAACCGGAUCCAAAUGUUUGCCGAUUGCUUUCCUGUGAUUUCUCGGGUGGACACGCUUGUUUAUACGCGAAAGAAACGAUUCCUGGAUCGGCUCCAUUCAGGAUCUCAACAUCGGGAGCUUUUGCAAAAAUGACAAGAGGACGACCAUUAGCCGUCUUGGAAUCAGUCCCUUUCCGAUUGAAUACAAUUUCACGAUUACAUUUUAACUACAAGACUAAGGGUGAUGCGCUUCUCUAUGUCUGUAAUGAUAGUGCAAAGAAAGAGUUAGAGACGUGUUUCAAGGUUGAAGGGAACGAUGGAGAUGAUUAUAUCGAGUUGUUGCCGAGUGAUACAAAGGUCUAUCUGAUCGGUCGAUUGAACGAGGAGAGCUCGACGGGAAGGGGCUCGUUGAAGAUCACCCGGCUCAACCUCACUGAUACCAUUGAUGAGCCAGCUUGC